AUGAUGUUGCAUCAAGAGGCACCUGACGACGACUCGCAUCGACCGGUGAUGAUGAAAUCACCUUUUAGGCUACGUGGUCCGCUUAUCCUGUCCUUUGGAGAGGGGGAAAGAGAAAGAAGAAAGAAACCCCGGCAAAUACAGAUGCUGGCCCACGAAAGCUGA